UAACUAUUGGGGUUGCUCCAAAGCCUCCAAUGAACUCCACCGAGUCUUAACCGAAUGACUUGAUUGUCACUUCGAUGCCACUUACCUUGGGCAGUUGGGCUUAAUUAGCAGUUAGCACGUCGUCCAGCAGAAACCUUCCUCCAGGUCGAGGCCAUCUUCUACACGGAGUACUGGAGUAGAAGAGAGAAAUAGACCAAAAACCAGCCAUGGAGAUCGAAGGUUCAGAUGGCUCUAAAUUACUGCUAAAGCCUGAUUCAACCGCCAUUUUUGGUAGAGGGAAUGGAUUUAAUUCAAACGAUUUAACAGUCUCUCGUCGUCAUGUUUCGUUCGAAUUCAAUCCCUCAUUCGACACCCAAACAGGCCCUAGGGUUUCAUUUGAAGUCCUGGGUAAAAACCCAAUUUGGGUUUACAAUAAACAGCAAGAUAAUGGGAAUAUGAAAGUUUUCAAGAGAUUUCAAAGGGGUCAAUUGGGUAUAGAUGAUAUGUUCUGUGUUUCUCCUAACACCCCAAUUUGGUUUACUCUCAAGAAGGUUGACGAGGGUUUUGAGGAGAGAGAAACUAAAUGUGAGGAAACGAAGGGAAGAAUUAAUGCUGAUUUGAGUGAAAGUUUGGAAACUGAUUCUGGGUUUGAAGGAAUUGAUGAUUUUGGGUUGGAUUCUGUUGAUGUUGCCAAUAUUAACCCAGUUCAAGAGUUUGGGUUUCUUGUGAUUGGACAUGAAUUUGAUCAGUAUCCGAAGCAAAUGAUCCGUGAUAUCAAGAAAUGGGAUUGGUUCCUUGAUGAUCCUAAGAAGGGAGAUACUGACGACGAUGAGGAUUCCGAGAAGAAAGGAACUAGGAGUGGGGGGAAAAGGAAGAAAGGGAAUAGACGAGGUGAUGGUGAUGGUGAUGUAGAUGAGGAGUGGAGUGCUGAGAGCGAAGACGAGGAACCAACUACAAAAGCAAGGAAGGUUCAAAGACCAAAGUAUGAUACACGAUCAAAAGACAAUGCUGUACGCCAAAAAGGGACAACAGAUAGGAAAUCUUCUGCCAAAACAAGCAGGAGGGAAGAAGAGGAGGAUGAAUCUGAAGACGAGGAGGAUGAAUCUGAAGACGAGGAGGAUGAAACCUUAGGAGGCUUUAUUGUAACUGAUGACGACGAGGCUGUAGAAGAAGAAGAAGAUGAAAAUGAUGAAAUAGAUGAAGAGGAAGAAUUUGUGGAAGAUGAAGUAGAAGACUAAUGGCACUUUUACAUACUCGAUACUAGAUAGUUUAAGCUUAAUGUUGCAUAAAAUCAGCUGUACAUUGUCUUUUUUGUGCGUUGUAUAAAAUGUAUGAAUGUAUCACCAGUUUUUUGUAGUAUGAAUUGUCUUCUUUCUUUGACUCUAA